AUGAAGUAUCUAUGGGUUGCUUCUCUGUGUGUUUACUGUCUGUGUGGUUGCUGGAGCCGUGAGGUGAAUGGACAGGAGGACUUCACACUUGUUGCAGGGCCUCUGACGAAGCAGCUGGGGAGAAGCUCAGACACUGUUGUAAAUGAUGCAUAUGACUGCAGUCAUCCCUUUCCUCCAGGCUCCAGACAGUAUUUCGAGUACCUCCAGAGUCGAGGGGUGACUCACUUUAAAGUGCCACUGUCAUGGGCUCAGCUCCUUCCAACAGGUGUCCCCAGCCAGCCCCAGCAGGCUGUGGUUACCUGUUACCAGACGCUGCUGAAACAACUGUUGGAGGUGGGCCUUCAGCCUCUGGUCGUCCUUCAUGGAUCAGCAGUGCCAGACACUCUGAGAGCUAGGUACGGAGGUUGGGAGAGCCAGGAGCUGGUGGAGAUGUUUCAGCAGUAUGCAAAGUUUGCCUUCCAGGAGUUUGGAGCAAUGGCUCAAUCGUGGGUGACACUGAGCGACUUGGAUGUUAUUUGGCAUGACGGGCAGCCUGCAGGAGCCCCCCUGCAAAAUAUACUCCAGCUCAACAAGAAUAUUUACCAGUUCUACCAUCAGCAGUUUCCUGACAAAGGGAGACGCCUGUCACUUGGGUUGAGAGCUAGUGAUGUUGCAAUUAUUCCCCAGAUCAAAGGUUCAACUACAAUGGACUUUUUGUCAGUGCAUGUUGAAUAUGACUGUGCCUCCACAUCAAACUUUGCAAAGGAGCUGAGCAGCUUGCAGAUGUCCAGUGGGGACUUGCCUAUCCUGAUAUAUGAUGUUACUGUUCAUGGUUGUCCCUACAGUCAAUACCAGCUUCAGUGUCUUGCACUCAUUACAGCCUUAAUGGACAACGAAGACCAGAAUAUUGUAGGAUGUGACAUUAUGGAUAUGUUGGGUAAACUGGAAAUGGAGGAUGCCCUGGUCAGUAUUUCAGACGAAAAUGGAAUUACAACAUUUAGAAACAAUUAUCAGAAUGUGUGGGACGAGUUUGGGGCCCAGACUACAGCAGAACGAGAUCUUUUCCUCAAUGAAUCGUUCCCCUCCGACUUCCAGUGGGCCACUUCCAGCGAGUCCUUCAAGGUUGAAGGUGGCUGGGUAGAAGAUGGAAAGGGAGAGACCAUUUGGGACCGCUUUGGUCAUGACGGCCUCGCCUUUGAGAAUCAGACAGCUGAUCUACUUGGUGACAGUUACCACAAGGUGGAUUAUGAUGUCUACCUCCUGCGAGGUCUUCAUGUCAACACCUUCCAGUUUUCCAUCUCCUGGGCCCGUAUUUUCCCGUCAGGCCAUCAGAGCAGUUAUUCACAGACAGGGGCUCUCUAUUAUGACAAGCUGAUCAAUGCUCUCAUUGAGUCUGGCAUUCAACCUGUUGUCACUCUCUACCACUGGGAUCUGCCCCAGAUGCUCCAGGACUAUGGUGGAUGGACCAAUGCUUCCAUUGUUGAGGCCUUCAGGGACUAUGCAGGCUUCUGCUUCUUCAGGUUUGGAGACAGGGUCAAGACCUGGAACACAUUCAGUAGCCCCUGGGUGGUGAGCCAUGCUGGGUAUGGCACUGGUGAGCAUCCCCCUGGAGUUAAAGACUAUGUGGUUGCCUCCUAUCAGGCCACUCACAAUAUACUCAAGUCCCAUGCUGAGGCCUGGCAUCUCUACAAUGAUAAUUACAGGAAGACACAAGGAGGGAAAGUGGGCAUUGCGUUGAACUCUGACUGGGCUGAGCCCAUGAACCCCUCCAGACCUGAAGACAUAGCAGCUGCAGAUCGCUACCUGCAAUUCAUGUUGGGCUGGUUUGCACAUCCCAUAUUUGUUGAUGGAGAUUAUCCUGCAACACUCAAGACUCAGAUAGAACAAAAAAGAAAUGAGUGUCCCCUCUCUGAGCCUGCAAGACUUCCAGUUUUCAGUCCUGAAGAGAGCCAGAGGAUACUUGGAACAGCUGACUUUUUUGGAUUAAACCACUAUACCUCUCGGUUGGUCAAUGACACUGUUGGUGGCUGCACCCCUGGUCCUGAGGGGGUGGGUGACUUCCAGGCACAUGUGGACCCCUCAUGGUCCUCGACAGCUUCUGACUGGAUCUAUUCUACACCUUGGGGACUUAGAAGGCUUCUAAACUACAUUUCCAAAGAAUACUCAAAUGUUGCAAAGGUGCCUAUCCACAUAACAGGGAAUGGUAUGCCCACUGAGCACAGUGGGGACACUCUCAAUGACAUCAGUAGAAAAAGUAUCAUGAAGAGUUACAUCAAUGAGGCUCUGAAAGCAAUUUUCUUAGAUGGAGUGGAUGUGCAGCGAUUCACAGUGCAGUCACUCACAGAUGGAUUUGAGGGAAGACAAGGCUACAGCCAGAGUUUUGGUCUUCACCAUGUCAACUUUGAAGAUGCAGACAGACCAAGAACUCCAAAGCAAUCUGCAUAUUUUUACUCUCAGGUUAUCAAGAAAAAUGGAUUUGGUUCACCCAAAGAGCAUAUUUUUAAAGGGGCAGAGAUUCAACUUACCCACCGUCAAAUAAAACUUUUUAUCCCCUCAGAGGUUCCAUCUAAAUCAAAGGUUGUCUGGGAGAAAUUUCCACCAGUCCAAUUCCAGAGAAAAGUGUACCACUAUGGCACUUUCCCACAAGGCUUCAGUUGGGGAGUAUCAUCUUCAGCUUACCAGAUUGAGGGUGGCUGGAAUGCUGAUGGGAAGGGGCCCAGUGUCUGGGAUACAUUCACCCAUAAACCUGGCAAUAUUCCUGCUUAUGCCAAUGGAGAUGUAGCCUGUGACAGUUAUCACAGACUUGAAGAAGACCUCUACAUGCUGCGAGCUCUCAGAGUAAAGUCCUACAGAUUCUCUUUGUCCUGGUCCAGGAUCUUCCCUGAUGGUCGGCGUACCUCCCUGAACCAGAAAGGUGUUGAGUACUACAAUAGACUCAUUGAUGGCCUCUUAGCAUAUAACAUCACUCCAAUGGUGACACUUUACCACUGGGAUCUUCCUCAAGCUUUGCAAAACCUCGGUGGCUGGGGCAAUGUAGACAUGAUUAAUAUUUUUAAUGACUUUUGUGACUUCUGUUUUGCCACCUUUGGAGACAGAGUGAAAUUUUGGAUGACCAUCAACCAGCCUCACACAAUUGCAUGGUCAGGAUAUGGACUUGGACAGAUCCCACCAAAUGUUAAGAAUCCAGGAAUCGCACCGUACAGAGUUGCACACAACCUUAUAAAAGCCCACGCCAAGGUAUAUCACACAUAUGAUGAUAAGUAUCGCAAAUCCCAAGGUGGUCUAGUUUCCAUUGCCCUUAAUGCAGAUUGGAUUGAACCUAAAGAUGUCAACAUUGCCCGUGAAGUGGUGGCUGCUGACCGCGCCCUGCAGUUCCAGCUGGGUUGGUUUGCACACCCGAUUUUCAAGAAUGGUGACUAUCCUGAUGCAAUGAAGUGGCAAGUUGGAAACAAAAGUGAACUCCAAGGUCUUACAGAGUCAAGGCUACCUUCCUUCACUGAAGAAGAAAAGAGCUUCAUCAAGGGAACUGCUGAUAUGUUCUGUGUAAAUCAUUACACUACGAAGAUUGCAAGCCAUGCUACAUUGAGGCUUAGCCCUCAAUCCUAUGAAUAUGACCGAGAUGUCUCAGAAGCAGAAGAAGGUGAUUCGCCAACUACUGCUAUCAGUAACCAGAGAGCUGUAGCAUGGGGCUUGAGAAGACUCCUUAACUGGAUCAAAGAGGAGUAUGGAGACCCAGAGAUUUACAUUAGUGAGAAUGGAGUAGCUACAGACUCAAAGACAACUUGGGAUGACUCUGCCAGAGUAUUUUACUACAAAACCUAUGUUGAUGAGGCUCUGAAAGCCCAUGACCUUGAUGGUGUGAAGGUGAAAGGAUACAUAGCAACAUCUCUCAUGGAUUCCUUUGAGUGGCUCAGUGGGUAUAAAGUUGGAUUUGGGUUGCACCAUGUGGACUUCACUAACCCGAACCGGCCGAGGACACCCAAGUACUCAGCUCAUUUCUACUAUCAAGUCAUAAAAGACAAUGGUUUUCCUAUAACUGAUGAUGAGAAGCAACUUUAUGGCCACUUUCGCAAAGGUUUUAUUUGGAGUACCGCAACGGCAUCAUACCAGAUUGAAGGGGGGUGGAGAGCAGACGGAAAAGGUCUAAGCAUCUGGGACAAGUUUGCUCACACUCCCCUCCGAGUAUUCAAUGAUGACAAUGGUGACAUAGCCUGUGACAGUUAUAAUAAAGUAGAAGAGGACGUUGCUAUACUGAGGCAGCUUAAAGUGACCCAUUAUCGUUUCUCCAUAUCCUGGCCGAGGGUGCUUCCUGAUGGCACCCUCAAGCACAUCAAUGAGGCUGGACUCAACUACUACCACAGACUGGUAGAUGCAUUGCUCGCAGUAAACAUCCAACCUCAUAUCACUCUCUACCACUGGGACCUUCCACAAGCUCUGCAGGAUAUUGGGGGCUGGGAGAAUGAGACCAUAGUUGCCAAAUUCCGGGAUUAUGCUGACCUUAUUUUUGCCAGUCUUGGCCAUAAAGUAAAAUUUUGGAUCACCAUUAAUGAGCCAUACAAUAUAGCCAAUGUAGGUCAUGGCUAUGGAGCAGCUGCCCCAGGGAUCAGUUUCCGACCAGGCACUCUGCCCUACAUUGUGGGACACAACCUGCUUAAAUCUCACGCUGAGGCCUGGCACCUCUACAAUGACAAGUAUCGGGCCAAACAGAAAGGAAUUAUUUCCAUCACCAUCAACUCUGACUGGUCAGAGCCCAGGAAUCCUUACAAGCAGGAGGACAUUGAUGCCGCAAGACGUGUGGUCCAGUUCUACAUUGGUUGGUUUGCCCAUCCUGUAUUUAAUGGAGAUUACAGCAACAUGAUGAAAACAAUCAUUCGAGAGCGCAGUUUAGCCGCUGGUCUGCCAAAAUCUCGUCUGCCUGAGUUCACUCCCGCGGAAAUAAAGAGGAUUAAGGGUACCUUCGAUUAUUUUGGGUUCAACCAUUACACUACAGUCCUGGCAUUCCCUGUGGAAUAUGGAAACCUGCAGCACUAUGAUGCCGAUAGGGGUGCAGGGACAAUUGCCGAUCGUACCUGGCUGGAUUCAGGCUCAUCCUGGCUGAAGGUCUCACCAUUUGGGUUCCGAAGGAUAUUAAACUUCAUUAAGGAGGAGUAUGGAAACCCACCCAUUAUCAUCACAGAAAAUGGCAUAUCAGAGCGGGGACCCAUUGACCUAAAUGAUAUUCAUAGGAGCUACUACUACGAAAAAUACAUCAACCAGGUGCUAAAAGCUUACUUGCUAGAUGGCGUGGAUAUCCGUGGUUACACAGCAUGGUCUCUGAUGGACAACCUAGAGUGGGCCACUGGCUUUUCUGAGAGAUUUGGCCUUUUCUACGUCAAUCACUCAGACCCUAAUCUGCCUCGAGUGGCCAAGACAUCUGUAGACGUCUACUCCACCAUCAUCAAAUGCAACGGAUUCCCUGACCCCACCCUGGGACCCCACGAGUGCUUGAACUCCAGGCCUUGGCCAACAAGUGUGCCGGUCACACCCGUUCCCUCUGAUGACACUGUGGACUUCCUGGGGAUGAAGCUGUCCACCAGCGAUGCUGAAACGGGACUCACCACAACAUUUGUUCUGCUGAUUAUUGCGGUGUUUGGAGCUAUUUUUUCAUCCUUUUGCUUCUUUAAGGCAAAAAAUCAUUCAAAGAAAGAACAGAAUGUUGAAAGCAUUAACAUGGAAAAAAGAUUGUAAUAUUCUAAUAGUUCUAAUAGAAG